GACCAGACGUAAACAAACAAGAUGGCCUCAGCGUAACGUAGAGAUAGCAACAAGGAUCAUCCAGGUUAAUUGUGGGUUUUAUGGCCCUCACAGGAUGAUGGUGGCCCAGCUGCUGGUGUACCAUGAGAGAGGCGCCCCUCGAGAACAUGAUCACCGCCAAAAUAAUGAGGAUUUUGAGGAAUAAAGUAGUUUUAACGGUGUUAUUGUUGGUGGGAGUGGCCUACUGCUGUCUGUCUCUCUGGUCCGAGAACACUAUCGGUCCUGAUGAGAGCGAGGUGGAGGUUUCAGGAAGGGUCGAGUUCCACUGGGGUCCUGACUCUUCAAAUGGAACAUCUAAUGACAAGGUCACUACCUGUAGAAACUCAGUACAAGGGAAAGUACUCCUGGCCGACGAUCAAGGUUAUGUGUGUCAUAGAGUGGACCGCUUGAGCACUGGCUGUUGCAACAUUGCAGUUGAUACGACCCGCCGUUAUGCUUGUGACACUUGCAAUGCCCAUGGGUGUUGUGCUAUCUAUGAAUAUUGUGUGUCCUGCUGUCUGCAUCCUGAUAAGAAAUCAUUACUAAAGAAGGUUUUGGGUCAAAUUAGUGAGAACAGUCCACUGUACGCAUCAGUGUCUGACCACUUUGAGCUGUGCCUGGUGAAGUGUCGCACAUCUAGUCAGUCAGUGCAACACGAGACCCUCUACAUUGAUCCUCGAGCCAAGCACUGCUACAGCCAGGGCCCCCCACCACUCAGUAACAAUGAAACAUGAGGAAAAUAAGAUUGUGUAGUUUGGACACAUUAGGGGCAAUGUCAUUUUAAUAUGCUUCCCAAUACAAAACCCUUCACACAGACCCCAGGAGCUCAGCACUCCUACAGUCAGUUUCUCUGUCUCUCAGCAGCCAGAAGAAAAUGAGGUUGUGUAGUUGAAGGGUCUUGCUAUUUUAAAAUGCUUCCCAUUACCACCAUUGUUCAUAAUCCGUUUUUUACAGUUCAACUCGAUGAAAAAGUGUGGGAAUGGCUGUGGAAUGAUACUUAUGCAUAUAGUGUUAUGUAGAAAACAAAGAAUUUUCAUUAGAAAAUUUUUUCAGUUAUAGAAUUGGUUGCUAUUCAUUAAUAAUAAGAAAAAAUUAUAUAUUUAAUUGUCUUUUAUAUAACAAAAUAAAAAUAUUGCACAAUGAUACAAGAAAAACUAUUAGUUAAUAUUACUCUAUAUUAUACUUAUAGUAUCUAUAUUUUGAGAACUUCUUUAAAUUUCAUUGAUAGCUGUAUUUGACCAUACAACACGUGUGUGAAUUGAUGAAACUUUGGUAUAUUUUGUCUAUAUAUUAUGAGCAGCAAGCUUAUAUAAUGACAUAUACAGUAUAUAUAUUUAUAUACAGUAUGUGUACUGUAUUGUAGUAAUCAAUAUUUCAGCAAUUUUUUUCUAUAUCUCGGUGAAGUAUAGUGGCACGGUGGUACAGGUAGAAUUAUUUUUUCACAUAUCUUGGUUAUUGUCAGUAAGGUAUUGAAACUAAUUAUGCACCUUAAAUCUCUGCAUUAUCUCGCUUUGUUUUACUUAUGUCAAUCAGUACAGCAUCUCAAUCUUUCUAAGAGUUCUUGUCUCUGUUUACCGGCCUUACUUCAUUCCCUACUAUUUUAUGGGAGGACCAAGUACACCACACUUCAGUCAUAGGUUGUUGUACUGUACUGUACAAGUUUCCUUACCCCAUCUCAUCCUCUUAGUCAUUUCUUACAACAUGCAAGGAAUAUGGAGGUUUGAAGGGAGUCUAGGGUGGAGUAGUAGUGUGUUCCUUUAGCUAAGUCCCUCAGUACGAGUCCUCCCACACUCCUCUCAUCCACUGAAUUAUAAGUCCCUGGUCAUUCCAAGUUACAUAUUACAUACUCAAAGAUUUAACAUUGGCAUUUGAAUCACUUGACUUUUUUCUUGUAAUUCCUAAUCUCUUUUAUUUUACUUUUUAAUAAAAUAGGCAGUUUAUAUAUUGUAGAGAAUGUGUGCGUGCCCACUGUGUCGCCAGAUCUAGUUUCAUGUUUAAUUUUGCUUUUGACAUAAUCAAUGACUAGAAAAAUAACCAUGUUGAGUAUAAAAGUUUUGCUUACGUUCUUAAUUUAAAGUCAUACAAUUCAAAUCCACUUUUAUACGAGUCAUUUAAAAACAAAUAUAUUCCCCUUUGAGGAGUUAAAUCAAUGUAAUGUAGAAGACUUUGUUGUUGUUAGUUCAUACAUUAUUUGUUCUGCCUUGCACAGUUUAUAAGUUGGAAACCUUCUAAGGGAAUUCUUAUGGUAGUGUUGGGCCAUCACGCACACAGUGGGCACCUCCGUUGAUAAAAUAUAUUAAUAUGUACCCUGUAAUCUGCCUCUCUGGGGCUCAGACUCACAGCUUCUGGGUUUAGUGUCUUGAAUUUAACCAUACAAGUUGUAGAAAAUUUUCCAAUCAUGUUAUAAUUGUUUUACUGUAAGGUAUGUAUUCUAUAAUCCAUAUUAGAUGUUGUGACAGCUAAAUCUUGACCAAGUUUGAUGAAGCUGUACAGCAGAUUGUUAUUAUAAUACUGUUUUAGAGAGCAGGGAUGCAGCAGUUGGUCAGUAAGUACAGUAUAUUGAUACAGCUGUCACCACUGUUAACCUAUUUUAAACAUUCUGUACUGUAUUUAAUUUUUACUAAGUUAUUUUUAGUGUACUUUUAUCCUCUGACUUUUACAUAUUUUAACAUUUGACUUCAAUGGAAAUGAGUCACCAUUUUAUUUUUAGAUUUUAUCAUAUUAAUAAAUGCUUGAAUCAUAACAUAUUUUAAUGUACAGUAUAUUGAUUCAUUAAAGUAAAGAAUAGCAUCAGAACAGUGAUAUGCAGGUCUGAGGUUGGAAGAGUAAAGGAUUGGAGCCACAAUUGGUAACACCACUUAAAUUCAUAAUAACAUACAGUAGUAAUGUUUCUGGAGACCACUGACAGGAUUUUUGUUUUUGUUUUAAACUGAAGCAUGGAGCAGUAAAUGUUAUCAAGACAUAUAUUGUAGACACUCCUGUCUAUCAAUCAACCAUACUCUGCUCCCAGCUCAACAAGGUGUUAGAGCUGCACCAAUUAAUUUAAGUUAGAGAGACUCGGCUACAGGUAGAUAACAAGUGAGGAACAAACUGGUAGUGGACAGCAAAGGAAGAGAUAAGUUAGUAAAGUGAAUGUUUAUGACUGUGUUUACCUCUCUUCCCUAAUGUGAGGCUUUUUGAAAACAGAUAACAAAGUUCAGUGUGUACUGUAUACCAGUUUAUUCAUACAUACUGUACUAUGCUGUUGUGGUGAGUGCUGGAGUAUUGUACUUUAAUUUUAUUGUUAACCUCAAAAUUUGGCAGCAGUUAUUGUGUUCCGAACAGUUGUGACACCAGAUGAUGUAUUUAGUGGAUGUUCAGUUGUAUUGAAAGUAAAUUUUAGAGAAUAAUUGUGUCGCCUGUAGCUCGUACCACCACUUAAAAGAGGCUGUCCCAUAUAAAAUUUCUGAAAAAAAUUCCUGUUUCUUACAGCUCCUGAAAACUUCACUUGUCAAAGGCUCAACAGCAGUACUUUAAGAAUGUGCAAAAAAAAAAAAAAAACAUUGUGCAUGUUGGGUACUUUUAUAUUACAUAACCCAGUUUACGCACAAAUUCUCUCAUUUUGUACAUCUUUAAUAACUUAAGGUUCAUGCAUAGACUUAUCAUAACAUCAUUCAUUGUAAAAUGUAUGUGAUGAAUAAAUGUGCAACUUUAAGAAAUGUAAAUGUUUUAUGUAACUUUAUCAGGGCAUUACAAAAAUAUAUUGAUGAAUAUUAUUGAUGUUAAUUGACUAUGGCUGACAGUUGACUGCAGCAAAUAUAAUUUUAACUUCCAUGUUAGUACAAAAUACAAAGGAUUCAGUGUUUAGCUCUCAUCUUCUACAUUUAAUUUCUGUAUUAUUCAAACAUGAAGUUAACAAGUUACAGGGAAGACCCAAAUUUGUAUGUUUUAAAUUACUGUAUUUUUUGGGUAGUUAUGCCAGAUGUGUGAGUCAUGUAAUCAAGUGUGUGCUGUGGAUGUGCAUUAGGGCACUUGUCCCACACUUGGACCAACCCCAGCCAAAUAACUUGCAUUUAUAGUUUCUCAGCAAAAGUUAUCAAUUUUUUUUUAUGAUUUGGAGUUAGUGAUUAUUCCUAUGAUCUCCCUCUCUCUAAGGUUUAUGGUUCAAGAAGUUGAGUCAUAGGCCUAUAAUGCAAACUUUUGAACAGAGCUAAUUGAGAAGUUGGGCUUUAUGACAGCAAUCACAUUAUGGUGAACUUUGCUAAGUGACCCAGUCAGUCCUCAGACAUUGUGCUUUAGAAACUACCACAUCCCCAGUCCACAGCUGCUACAAUUAAUCAGUACUGUAUGAGCUGAAAAAUGUUCCAGGUGCUAUCUUAAUAGCUGUCAAAGAAUUUUGUAUGGUGAACAAUCAAUUGAACAGCUACUCUGGUCACUUGUGGAUAAACAAAGGAUUUGUAAGAUUUUCCCCCACACAACUUCUGUACUUCUCUCUGUCACCAUGAAAGGUGUUGCUGUAAUUAAAACAAUUGACCCUCGAGAAGUUCUGGUUUAAGUAUAUUGGGACAGGGACAGAUGGAUAGCCACCUCCAUGAAGGAUUGGAGGAUGGCACACAGAGGUACAGUUCUGUAAUCCAUAUUCCCUCAGUAGACUCUGUGCUGUCUAUUGUUAUAUAUAGUGCAACAGAAAAUUAUAAAGCUGAGUGCUCUGUAUGCAAACUAACUCUUGGUCUUAUUUAAGUGAAGAAUAAUGACUGCUAGUAAGUCUGUUUCAGAAUAUUUGCCUCAAAGCAUGUGUGUGUACUUUGCAAAAUAUUUUUAUUACCCUGAAAUGUACAUUAUUGUAUAUUACACAAAGUUAAGGAAA